GCAUGCAAUGGCAGCGCUCACGAGGAACCGCAUGGCUACUGCGUAUUUGUAAACAACCGCACGCUUUUGCCGGCACACGGUCGAAGUAUUCGUAGAGAAGCGUUAAAUGAUGAUUGCAACGUUCAUGGGUUAGUUUAACAGUUAUAUUACACAUAACCAUUCAAGAUGGUUCCCGGGACAAGAUCCGGUGGCUUUCUGAAGCGUGUGGCGCACACAAGUUUUCGUUCGAGGGCUCUCACAACUUGGUCACCUCUGGCCUUCUGCUUUAAUAAUGUGGGAGUUCGCAGAACAGGGCUUCGCCUGGGUUUCAACGAGCGCACGGGGUUAUUCGGUCAUUCAGUGCUUCGUGAACCAUCAGGGUUUUACCUGCUGAAGGAAGAAGCAAUAAGUGAUGCAGAGACAUAUGUAGCCGAAGCCACAAACCACAAGCGGGACCGUAAAAUGGUUCAAGUCUUCGACGACCUUUCGGAUGCCCUUUGCCGGGUAGCCGAUCUGGCCGAAUUUAUCAGGAUAGGACAUCCAGAAGGAAGAUUCUCUGCUGCAGCCUUGGAUGCUUCAGCGUCUAUCAGUAGCCUGGUAGAAAAGCUCAACACAAAUAAGGAGCUCUAUAAUGCACUGAGGCAGGUGGCAGAGCAUGGUGAUAUUGUUCCCACAACUGAGGAGGACAACCACGUUUCAAAACUUUUUUUGGCUGAUUUUGAGCAGAGCGGCAUUCAUUUGGACGCAGAAACUAGAAGGAAGGUGGUUGCCCUGAAUGACCAUAUUCUUCAUGUAGGAGGCUAUUUCACAAACAAUGCCCUGCAACCCCGCUCUGUGAAGAAAUCGCAGCUUCCAGAAAACAUUAGAAAUUGUUUUGCCAUUGAGGGAGAGAACGUUGUUAUACCUGGACUGUACGCUGAUGCUGUGAAUGAACUGAUCCGAGAGGCUGCUUACCGGGUCUAUCUGUUCCCGGACCAGCAUCAGAGCCAGCUGUUGGACGAGCUCUUGAGCUCUCGUCAUUGCCUGGCGAACCUGUGUGGUUUUCCAACUUAUGCCCACAGAGCACUAAGGGGCAGCAUUGCUGGAAACCCUGAUGGUGUGCAGGAAUUCCUUGGAAUUUUGUCCUCAGAGCUGAGACCUAGGGCUGAUGAAAAUUACGCAGAGAUGUUAAACAUGAAGGUAUCUGGCAACAGGCAUGCAAAGGUGCUUCACCCUUGGGAUGUACCUUAUUAUACGUCACAGUCACGGCAAUCGAGGUUCCUUAUGAAGGCAGCACUUUACAGCCCUUACCUUUCAUUGGGCUGCUGCAUGGAUGGAUUGAACGAGAUAUUUAAUUCAUUGUAUGGUGUCUCACUUGAAGUGGAGGAAGUGAAGAAUGGCGAAGUGUGGAGUCCAGACGUGAUUAAGCUGGCCGUGAAAGAGGAAGGCGGCCUUCUUGGUUACAUCUACUGUGACUUUUUCGAAAGGCCAGAAAAGCCUAACCAGGAUUGCCAUUUCACAAUUCAGGGUGGUCGCAUGCUUCCUGAUGGGACCUAUCAGGUUCCAGUUGUGGUUCUGAUGCUUAGCCUUCCCACAAAUCAGUGGACAGGCCCACCUCUUCUGACACCCAGUAUGGUGGACAACCUGUUCCAUGAAAUGGGGCAUGCCAUGCACUCCAUGUUGGCACGGACACGCUACCAGCAUGUUACGGGCACACGCUGUGCUACGGACCUGGCAGAAGUUCCUUCUAUUCUCAUGGAAUACUUCGCCUCUGACCCCAGAGUUGUUUCAGUGUUUGCCAGGCACUAUCAGACUGGAGAGCCGAUGCCUUACCAAAUGGCACAAUCCCUCUGGCAGUCGCGGUACCAUUUUUCUGCAAGUGAAAUGCAGCUUCAGGUGUUCUAUGCCAUGCUGGAUCAGAAGUAUCACGGUAAACACCCUCUGGGGAAAUCGACGACAGAAAUUCUUGCCGAGACGCAGGACCAGCAUUACGGGUUGCCUCAUGUUCCAAACACUGCCUGGCAGUUGAGGUUUGGUCACUUGGUCGGAUACGGCGCGAAAUACUAUUCCUACCUCAUGUCAAGGGCAGUGGCGGCCUGGACGUGGCAGCAGGUGUUCAAAGAUAAUCCUUUCAGCCGUGAAGCAGGGGCAAAGUAUAGGCGAGAGCUGCUCUCGCAUGGAGGAUCUGUGCCAGCUAAGGAUCUUGUUAGCAGUUUCCUCCAGAAAGAUGUGACUCCAAUGAAUCUGGCUGGUUCUCUCAUCUCGGACAUCGACAGCGCCCUCAUUGAUGCCAUGCCUCAGACAUAGCCUGUCCUCGGCUUUGGUGGUUUGCAGGGUAAGGAUAACCUGUCCUGGUGGCGUGCUCUCAAGGACCUUUGCAUCGUACUCUGCCUGCAGGAAGCGUAGUUCGUGUGGCAAGAACUUGUCCCUUGUGAUGGCCAGGGUGGCAAGCGUGAAUCGGUCAGGGUUGUCCUGCUGUGUGGCGCGAAUGACCAGAGUAACGGGGAGCGCAAAGUUCUCUGGCAAUGGCCUCUGGAUGGUGACGUGACCCGUUUGGGAAUUCAGCUCGAAGUAUGCGUACUCAGGGGCGUCUAUAAUAGAAAUAAAUAAUACUGAGAAAUCACUUCUGCUCUUGCAUAUAAGUCAUGAAUAACAUGUCGUCUUAACUAUGGCUGCCACCAUUAUUCUGCCAGAUACAAUUCAGGUGACUUUUGUGUUGUGUUCUCUGUGGUGUGACUUGGCACCACCGAGAAUUUUCUGGUGAUUGGUGAGUACGUGCUACGGGAACUUGCUCAGUAACACUCACCUGCAUUGAAUGUGUAUGUGAUAGGAGAUCUGAUGCCUUCAUCAGGAUCUUCUGCCAUGAUUCUGCUGGGCUUCACAUCUAGUGGGACCCCCUAAUGAAAAUACAUGAUGAUGGUUAUUUUGUGAAGGGUGAAACGUUCGUUCGAUACUUUACAUGUGCACUUUUGGUAGCAAGGGAAACCUGGUGGUUAUUGUAAUGUAAAAUGUCUUCUCCUUUGUCUGAAACAUGACGUAUUAUGUGUCGUAUGUGUAUAUGUAUGUGUAUACGUCGUGUGUGCACAUACAUUUUAUGCUAUCAUCAUGCUGUCUGGUGUCUUCCAAUCAUUGAUUUCCUGUUAGUAUUUAUUUCCCAGACAUCAUGCAUGUCCGUAAACAAAUGUCAGUAUGAACCCACUUUGUCGUCUAGCACAAUGACUUUUAAGCGCACUUCUUAUCACUUUUUGUUGUUGGAUAUUUUUUAUUAUGUCCCUCUAACACAAAUGAAAUGCAAGUCUUUGUAUAUUUCACAAAAUAUGAAUGCUUUCAGGCGGCUUCCAGAACAAAGUGGAAGGUCUGAUGUAAAUAAUUUGUUCAGUGUCCAAAUAAACUAAUAGAAAUAAACGUGGGCGAACGAA